AUGCCUAAAGAUACCAUUGCGAGGAGCGAGCACGACGGGAUCGACAGCGAGCGGUUGAUGGCGAGUGCGGGUUCUCCCGACCAGGACCUGGACCAGGAGCAGAAGAACGCAGCGGCUGCUCCGCCGGUUGACGCCGCGGACGCGGUCGUGGACACCACGGAGAAGAAGCAGGAAAGGAGCAGGACGAAGAGGAUGAAGGAGAUCAUCAUGCCGCAGAGCGAGGUGGACUUCGUCCUGUCCUACGAGCUGGAGCCCUGCGACCCGGAGACGGAGGCGUGGAUGAAGGCCUCCCAUCCUGACCUGCACGCCGUGUUCGAGAAAGAAGAUCGGCGGAUGCUCGCGCAGCAGGAGGAUUUCAAACGGCAGAUCGCGUCCAAAGGGUACGUCGCUAUGAUGGUCGAGGUUGCCGAUGAUGAGGAAGAGAAGGACGAGGACGACGACGAGGACGAGGAUGAAUAUGAAGAGGACGACGACGAUGAAGAUUACGUCCUGGAUCACGAAACACUAGAGAAACCGAGAAACUUAAAUUAA